AUGGUCCAACUUAAACUUGAACAUCCAACGAUAUGGGCUGCUAUAAAUGGUAUUAAGGACACCCUGAAAAUCAAAUUGGACGAGAAAUCAUCGGUUGAAGAGAGCAAACUCGCGAAAAUUGAAGCUGAGUUAUGUAAAGUCCGUGCAGAUUAUAAAUGCGAAAUCGAAAAAUUGAAUGCCAAAUAUAGUGAAUUGUCGCUCGAACAAGAAUCUACUAAAUUUGUUCUUGAAUCUAGACUAAAAGAAGCUGAAUUUAAACUAAAAGAAACUAAAUCUGAAGUUGGUAAUCUAAAAGAAAAUAUCCAGAGUUUAAAAUAUGACAAUAAUUUUUUAUUGGAUAUUUUACAGUCGAAUGAAUCGAUUUGGUCUAAACCGAAAAGAACGUGCCCAAGCAAAUCAAUCCUCGAUCGAGCUGAAUUGUCUAUUCUAAACACAUUUGGAUCUCUCGAGGCUGACGAAACUAACGUAGUAGAGAGGGCAACAUAUAAUGAAGUCGAUGCUACAUGUAGUUCAACAAAUCAAGACGAAUCAGUUGUCAUUGAAAAUGAAACGACGAACUCUGCGGUUGAUGAAGUCACUCGAGGCGAAACAGAGCCGCAAGCUAAUGUUAGUCCCAGUGGAGAAAUUCAGGCCAACAAUUAAAGUCUAAACCCGGCAAACCCGGCACAAGGCCACACUCUGGAGGCAAAUUCGAAUUCGAAGUCGAUUGAGGAUGGGGGACGUUUAAUAUCGAAUGUUUACGAAGACCAGGUAACCGAUUAUCGAAACUCCCAAAAGCGAAAGUUUAAAGCAAGUAAGAAAACACUGCUUGUCGGAGACUCGAUGACUAAACACAUCUGUAAUCAAAAGGUUGGUAGAGCGUGUCGAGGAUCGUCUAAAUGUUACACAUAUAGCGGAGCUACCGUAAGUACUCUAGAAACUAAGCUAGACUCCAUAAUGGCUAAUGAGUCGUUUUCAAAUUUGAUUAUCCACGUUGGCACCAAUGAUUUAGUGCACAAGCCAGCUGAAGCAGUUGCAGGAGAUCUUGAAAAUUUAGUAAUGAAAUUCAAAGGCUGCACAAAUAAUAUAGCUAUUUCUAGUGUGAUCAUGAGAAACGAUGGUAGAGUAAACGCAGAGAAAAUACUUUUGCUAAAUCGUAUUAUAAAUCAAUGGUGUAUUAACAAAAAUGUGCACUUCAUUGAUAACUCAAAUAUAAACUGUACACAUUUGAAUAGAUCUAAUUUACAUCUUAACAAAGCAGGAGAUAGGGUAUUAGGAAAAAAUAUCUGUGCAUAUUUAAAGUUAAUAAGAAUGGGAUAUGUAAAUCAACCUCGAAAUGAGCUUGUAAAUUCGCAAUCCCAUUUUUUAUACAAACAGAAGAAGUCUACGAACAAAUAUCCGCCUCUGAUGAGGGUAAAUCAUUCAGCGACGUGGGAAGCUCACCUAAAUCGUGUAACAUACAUGACAAGGAAGCGAUGAGCUUGGAGAAUCUGCAAAAUGAGUUCUCUGGUACCGCUCCAGUAAUAGAUAAUACAUGCAUGCUUGAUAUAAAUUCAGAAAUAAAUAGUCAGAGUACGUGUGAUAAAUCUCCCAGCAAUUACGAUCCUUUAUCGAAUAUCAAAGCGCUGAAAGGUUUCAAAAUUGCGGCACUUAAUAUUGCUAGUCUUGUAAGCCACAUAGAUGAAUUAAAAAUGGUCAUGUCCAGCCAGACUCUUGAUAUUUUAGCAAUUAAUGAGACGCGUUUAGACAGCACAAUUGCUGACAAGGAUAUUUCAAUAAUAGGAUACAAUGUAGUACGUAAAGAUAGAAAUAGACAUGGGGGUGGAGUUCUGCUAUACGUAAAGGAGACAUGGAAUUUUUUGACCAAACAAAUAACUUCUGAUAUUGAUCUUGAAAUAUUAACUAUCGAGAUUAUAG